UAUUUUUCAUUUGUGUAGCAAGGGCAGAGCGAGCAAUCGACGACGGGGAAGUUGUAUGUAGAUGAAUUGUGAUGAUCGUCAAGUGCAUCGAGCUCAUCAAUGGAUGCGGACUAAGUGAAAUGGGAGCUCGAUGACUUUGGUCUGCUUUGGUCUCGUCGAAAAUACAGUGUGCAAAUGUACAUAAAAUGCAUAGUACAAUAUAUAUGAGCAAUUAGAAUGGAGAGAUUGUGUGUGUUCCUGCUUUUCUUCGCAUCGCGAAGUAGUAUGCAUAGGAACGCGCGUGAUACAUGUGACAUUGUUCGGCUGUUCUGAGAUGUGCAGAUAAUUAUUGAGAUUCAUACACGAUAAACGUGAAGGUGUGCUCGAUUUGACCCAGUUAUUUGGAAAAAUUCACUCUUUUGCGGCUCGAUAUAACACAUCUCAUAACACUAUUUGCGAUGUCGCAACUCGUUUGGGUUUUCUGGAAUUUAGUCGUGCAUUUUUACAACCAACGAGAUAUUAGCAGCAGUAACAGCAGGUUAAGUUGAUGCUAGGGCACCCGCGAGAGGUACCCUUGUCUCACAAAAUAUAUAUGUAUCCAGGAUCUCAUAACACGAGUUCCCACUAAUAACAAGGAUAUCCAAGCCACCAAAUGCCCGAGACAAUGACCCAUGUAUUGAGAAAGUGGGAAUUAUUUCCUGGACGAAACAGAUUUUGUUGCGACGGCAGAAUAAUGAUGGCUCCCAGAACUGGUGUCUUUGGCCUAACUGUUUGUCUUAUCUCUGGUACUAGCGCCCUAUUCUUCGCAUAUGACUGUCCUUACUUGGCCGUUCACAUAACCCCUGCUAUUCCCGUGAUAGGAGGUUUGCUAUUUCUUUUUGUAAUGUCUUCGCUCUUCAGAACAAGUUUUAGCGAUCCUGGAGUUAUUCCAAGAGCUACUCCGGACGAGGCUGCUUAUAUAGAGAGACAAAUAGAAGUGCCAAACAAUGGUAAUUCGAUAACUUACCGACCUCCGCCCCGAACGAAAGAGGUCCUAGUUAGAGGCCAACCGGUGAAGCUUAAAUACUGUUUCACUUGCAAGAUAUUUAGGCCACCAAGAGCUUCUCAUUGUAGCUUAUGUGAUAAUUGUGUAGAGGCAUUUGACCACCAUUGUCCGUGGGUCGGCAAUUGCGUGGGUAGACGAAAUUAUCGAUACUUUUACGCAUUUAUCGUCUCACUUGCAUUCCUGUGCGUAUUUAUAUUCGCGUGUGCGAUUACACAUCUUAUAAUGCUUACGCGAGAUGACAGACCUUUUUUGGAAGCUGUCAGACUGUCUCCUGGAAGCGUCGUCGUUGGAGUCGUUUGCUUCUUUUCCGUUUGGAGUAUUCUCGGCCUUGCUGGAUUUCACACUUAUCUGACGACGAGCAAUCAAACUACGAACGAAGAUAUUAAAGGCUCGUUUACGAGUAAACGAGAACAGGAGAACUUCAAUCCUUAUAGCCAAGGAAAUAUAUGUAGAAAUUGUUUCUACGUACUUUGUGGUCCUGCUCCUCCGAGCUUGAUAGAUCGUCGUGGAAUAGUCACGCCUGGUUACAUGGCGGAACAAGAGAAAAUCCCGGACGAUUACGUGAUAACGAAUGCCUACAAAGCUUAUGGAACCGUAAAAAUAAUGCAGCCACAGGCAAAUGGAGUAAGCGUCGAAACGACACCGGGAAGCGAAUUGACGGGCUCGAUGAACAAUCUCGUGUCGGGGCAACGCUCACCUCGCAUAGAAUCGUUGAACGGCAGUACUACGAAUAGCGUGAGUCAUCUAGUAUCGAACGAAGUUCCACUGGCAUCGCUCAACAUACCGCCUAUGGAUAUCGAUGAUAUAGCACCAUUGCCAUUGCGACCAAAUGUUCUCGGACCGACGACCUUGGAUAACGCAAUUGCACCGGUUGCUGUUACGACACCAUUGUCAGCCUCGAGACUAAGAUUACUGCAGGACACGACGAUGAUCGAGUCGGCCCUGGAUCUAGAUUCUCUUGAUGACUCAAGCGUUGGACGUGGUAGUCAAUCGGGACUCAUUAAAAUGGGCAUUGUAUAAUAAUAGGAUAUUUUCAAUAACGAUUAUAUAUAAAUAAUGUUUUUCUGUGCGUACACGAAACGAAAAAACGGAGUUGUUGACUGGAAAAAAUUUAUUAGUUUUAAUAUCGCUCAAGUAUAAAAAAAAAAGAGGUAAAACACCGUCGUGAUGUGCUUUGGUUUUUGUUGUACAGCUCGCAUGAAGUUUCGUAGCGUUUGUGCAUUUUUAGCUCGAAAAAACGAGUACGAGGACAGCUACAGAAAUUUCAUCAAAAUUUCAUGUUUUUCGAAUAAUUAACGAAUUUCUUCCAUCUUCCAGUCCUCUCGUUCCAUAGUCCGUUGAAUUUUGAAUUAUCUCAAACGAGUAAAUAGUUCAUAUUUCGUAACUGCCUCAGAAGUUUAGUUUUUGAAGUAGCUCAUUUAUCAACGACUCGUUUUCAGUCUUACUUGGCACUCGGGCUGCUAUGUGAAACAAAAAAUGUUCACUUUACCCUACUCUGACCUACGGAAAAUUUACCUCUUCAAGUUUGACAUGCAUUUUUUCAGUCUCAAAUCAAACUUGCGAGACAGACACAAAAAAACAUUUUUUACGUAACAAGCGUAAAAAAACUUGCCUUUGAUUCGUGCUCGUACUCGUACCCGUGCCAAUAUGCAUCAUAAGCUUUCGGCUCAUGCGACAGUUUCAUGCGCAAUGUAAUCCGUAGCUUCCCGCACUCGAUGUAUAAAACAUUUUCUUACGGUACGUUCAUUUCAGCGACGUUGUUGAAAUUGUUCCCAUUAAUCUUGGAUCUCGGUUGUUGAAUCCGGCGAAUAGAAAUGAAAAUGAUGCUUUUUCAAUUUCAACAUUGUUCAAAUUGUUUAUAUCUUAGAAAUAUCUAUAUUUUUUUUCAAAGACAUUUAAGAACAAUGAAGCGAGAAAUCUGUAGUAUUUUUUCACAAAAUUUUAGCCAUUAGAACAAAUUUAUGAUUAUAGCUAAAGUCAAUCGCACAGAUGGUACUAAAAUAUGCAGACCGUGUAUAUAUAAGCGUAUAUUUUUGCGUGUUUGAGAAGAAUUCUUAUUGUUAGUUAAUUGGAAAUUUGUGCUGAUUAACAAUUUUUUAAUUAAGCGCUUCCCACGUGAGCCAAGUCCCGUUUGUACAUUUUGAUGGAGAAAAAUGAAAUUGUUACUGACAAUGAGAAAGAGAUAUUAAGAAUUUUCCUCGAGUCCUCGAGUCGUUAACGAUUAUAAUUCGAAUUCGAUAUAUAAUGAAGAUAUUGGGCGAGUUUAAGGAAAGCGUGUAUGUACAAAUCAUGAUUAUUCCAUGCACGUAAAUAUUUUACGAAAUUAGCGUUAACGAUUAUUAUGAAUUAAUAACAAAAGGCAUUGUUGAAGAGAAGACGAGAAAACUAUUGUUGUACUACGAAGAAAAUUCAGUGUGAAAAUCGAACGAAAGUAUUUUUUGAAAAUUGUUUUGUUUUUAUGAACGAUUUGUUGCAUGGAAGAAAAAAUAUAAUUCCAGAUUGAAGGACCAAAAUAAUGAGAGUUGCAUGCUUCCUUUUAAUGGACUGGAAGAUAAUGAUAACUCUCGUUAAUAGUGGUGCAUCGUUAACGUGAUGUUGUGAUUAUAUGUACAGUGUAAAGCGAUCGAUGUAAAUAAAAGGGGGAAAGAGAGUGCUAAAAAGGUUUAAUUGGGUGAAAGAAACAAAUGCGGUUAAUUGACAGUGCAUUUUAAAUAAUACAGUUAUCACUGCCUGGAUCGAUGAUAAAUAAGACUAUGAUUUUUGUAUCGCAGUUUGCACAUAAUCUCUUUAGAUCAGGCAAUAACCGUAUAAACCUCAUAUGUACGAUCAAAAUAUUGAGAUAAUCGGCUGAGAACGAACACAUGUUAUUUGCUAUGUCGUGCGUUUAGCCGCCUGCCCGAUUAUUUCACGCGAGACGGUAUGUUGUCUUGAUUUUUCAUUUCUCGCGGAUCAAUUACGGAUGGCGAUUCCGUACUGUAUAUAAAAUUAUAGAUAUAUGAAUUCUAAUACUAGAAGACAAUUAUAAUCUAAUGAAAGUUGAGAAAAAAUGAA